AUGGGGAAGUUUGGUUCAGAAAAUCGUAGCGAGGAGACUGAUCAUCGUGGUUUCCUUGCCUGGCAAGGCCAGACGGUUGAUUUAGAUUUUGUUUGCAGCACAGUGAUCUGGGCGCUCUGGCAUCAAGGGAGGCCCCUGUUUAGAACUAGAGAUGGCAAUGCCUUGGAGGUGCUGCACAAGUUGUACCAUCAAGCUUAUAGUGCUCCGACUGCAACCGUCCUAUGCAUUCAGUGCUCCGACGUGCUCGUGGGAUGCAUUUACGCUAGGCAGGUGUGGCAUCCAUGCUUCUCUCUUAUGGCUAUGGAUGUUCCAACACCUAGGGAAUCUGACAGCCUGCAAGACUGGUGGUCGAUAGCCAGGAAGAGGUUCAGGAAGAAGGAGAAGAAGGAUUUUGACACGUUCAUCAUCAUGAUCGCCUGGCAAACCCUGUUCGUUCCUCUGAAAGUUAUGCCCACCAGUGGCGGCGGCGCAGCGCGUCCGCUCGACCUCGGCAUCCCCGCGACCAAAUCGGCGGCGCUGGCCUACCUCUUCCUCCUCCUGCUCGGUUGGAGCGCUUCUUUGGCCGCAUCUGCCGCCACGGACACCAUCCUCCCAGGAGAGGGCAUCUCCGGGAACCAGAGCCUCGUCUCCAAGAAUGGCGGCUUCGAGCUGGGCUUCUUCUCCCCGGGCGAAGGCAUCCACUACUACCUAGGCGUUCGCCUGAGGAACAUGUUCGGCAACAGCCCCACCUUCUGGCUCGGGGACAGGGUCGGGGUCGUCGUCACCGAUCUGCCGGCCACGUCGCUGGAGAUGUUCGGCGGCAGCCUGUACAUCAAGCAGAGCGGAGCCAGCCUCUGGUGGUCACCGGCCGGCAAUGGGUCUUCCGCCGCCGUCGCGGUCCUCCUCGACAACGGCAACCUGGUGGUCAGGGACCAGGGCAACUCCUCCAUGGUGCUGUGGCAGAGCUUCGAUUGCCCCGGGGACGCGAUGCUCCCCGGCGCGAGGCUCGGGCUCGACAGGGACACCGGGAAGAACGUCUCGCUGACAUUCAAGGGUUUCUCACACAACGGCACCCUCAGCGUCGACGCGAGCCGGAGGAACGGGUCUCUCCCGCUGAGCUGCGAGUCCGACGGCCAGACGGAGCACGACGACUCCUUCGCCCCGUUGGACAAGCUGCAAGGGCUACCUUACAACGCCCAGGACGAGGUGGCCCGAAACGACGAAGACUGCAGAACAGCUUGCCGGAGCAAAUGCUACUGCGUUGCUUACUCCUACGACCAUGGGUGCAGGCUCUGGUACUACAACCUGUACAAUCUGAGCUUGGCUGCUAGGCCUCCAUACAGCAAGAUCUACCUACGUUUGGGCUCCAAGCUCAGGAACAAGAAGGGCUUACAAACAAGAGGAAUCGCGCUAUUGGUUGCUGGGCUCAUAGGCAUGUCUUCUUUGGUACUGAUACUGGUGCUGCUAUGGAGAUUCAGGAGGAUUUCAUUUGCCUCCAAGAAGUUUGAGGUAGAAGGCCCUCUUGUGGUCUACUCUUAUGCACAGAUAAAAAAUGCCACGGGGAAUUUCUCCGAUAAGAUCGGCGAGGGGGGAUUCGGAAGUGUUUUCAGGGGAACAAUGCCAGGAUCAGCUGUCAUCGCUGUGAAGAACCUCAAAGUCCUCGGGCAAGCAGAGAAGCAAUUCAGAACAGAAGUGCAGACACUUGGAGUGAUCCAACACAGUAAUCUUGUCCGUCUCUUGGGAUUUUGUGUCAAAGCAAACAAAAGGCUGCUGGUCUAUGAGUACAUGACAAACGGCUCUUUGGAAGCUCAUCUGUUUAAAGAGAAGUCUAGUCUGUUGACUUGGAAUGCUCGGUAUCAAAUUGCGCUGGGCAUUGCCAAGGGUCUCGCCUAUCUUCACGAAGAAUGCGAGGACUGCAUCAUACACUGUGAUAUCAAACCCGAAAACAUACUGCUCGAUGCGGAACUCUGUCCCAAGAUUGCUGAUUUCGGCAUGGCCAAGCUCCUUGGACGAGAAUUUAACUCGGCACUGACCACUGUCCGAGGAACCAUGGGCUAUCUUGCACCAGAGUGGAUAUCCGGGUUGCCGAUCACUAAGAAGGCAGAUGUGUACAGCUUCGGCAUUGUGCUCUUUGAGAUAAUCUCGGGGAGAAGGAGCACUGAGAGGAUGAAAUUUGGGAACCAUCGGUAUUUUCCACUCUACGCGGCUGCUCAGGUGAACGAAGGGGAGGUUCUGUGCCUGCUGGAUGGUAGGCUGGAAGGAGAUGCUAAUCUGAAGGAGCUGGAUGUCACCUGUAGGGUCGCCUGCUGGUGCAUCCAGGACGAGGAGAACGAUAGGCCGUCGAUGGGGCAAGUUGUUCGCAUGUUGGAAGGUGUCAUCAGCACUGAGAUGCCUCCAAUUCCAGCUUCAAUUCAGAACCUAAUAGAGGGUGAUGACAGUGCUAUAUAUUCUGAUUUCUGAAGGAGGUUGACUCCGAUUCCAGCUUCAGUUCAGAACCUUAUGGAGGAUGAUGAGCUAUAUAUUCUGAUUUGUGAAGGAGGUUGGUAGGCUACCCAACUUAAUGCUGAGCUGUGAUCUGAAUCUGUGUUCAGAUUUGUGUCCCAUUGGAAACUACAAGCUCUCUCCUUGCAGACUGUAGUAGGGAUUCAGCAAAGUUGAAAAAAGAAGGAACAGGUAUGCUGCAGAUUCACCGAUGCAUUCCUCUCAUAUUGAGUGAUGAAAAUGUCACACAGUUACACCUUUUCAGUAGGUGGUGAAUCUCUACAAUGAUGUUGUGCCGAAAAAGUUGGUAGACGAAUGCAAGCGGAUCAACAUGGAUACCCCUGCUGACCUCAUCUGUGUUAACAUCACGCAUCUUUUCGAUACCUCUGAAGGCUCGGUAUGGUUAU